CAUCUUGCUGGACUUGGUCAUCCUUGACGGGGCGAACCACGUGCUGGACUGGGUCAUCCUUGACGGGGUCAGCAUCGUGCUGGACUGGGUCAGCAUCUUGCUGGACUUGGUCAACGUUGACGGGGUCAGCAUCGUGCUGGACUGGGUCAUCACCAUGCUGGACUAG